AUGCGAAGGACAGCGACUGGCGGUGGCCGCCCUUCCGCAUCCAACACACCGUCGAGACCUGGUGGACCAUCUCGACCUAACGCUCUUGCAGCUUCGGGACCACGAGCCAUCUUUGACAAGUCUCGCCGCAUCGAAGAGUUUUCUUCAACCGAAGACAAAUGUCCGCAAUGCAAGACGGAUCGCUACCUCAAUCCUCGUCUCCGUUUGCUGGUCAGUCCAUGCUACCACAAGAUGUGCGAGUCGUGCAUCGACCGCAUCUUCUCGCUUGGACCCGCACCAUGCCCAGAAUGCGGCAAGAAGGUAUCAAAGAAUCAAUUCACAGCACAGACCUUUCAAGAUCUGGGCGUAGAGAGGGAAGUGGCAGUGCGACGCCAAGUAGCCAAGUUGUUCAAUCGUCGCGAGGAUGACUUUGUCGAUCUCAAAGCGUACAACGACUAUCUGGAAGAGGUGGAGGAGAUCACGUUCAACCUGAUCCACGAGAUCGAUCUGCCGCGUACCAAUGCCAAGCUCGAACAGUACCAAGCAGCGCACCGAUCAGCCAUUGCAAGCUCAGCAAACAUCUCGCAGCAAGAGUCGGAUCGACAAGCACGGGUGGACGAGGAGGAAAAGGCGGCCAAGAAGGCACGUGCAGAGCGGCUGCGGAAAGAAGAAGAGCAGGAGCGCGAGGAGCGCGAAAAGGAGAGACUAGAGAUGAUGCGAGAGCUAGAGAAGGGAGCAGAUCCAGAUGAGGUGCUUGAGAAGCAGCGCAAACGGCGUCAGGAGCGUGAAGAGCGGCAACGACUGCAAGAUCUCGAGGCACGGCGACGGGAGAAGGAGGCUGCGCAGGCUCAAAGCAGCGGCGGUGCUGGUGGUGACUCUAUAGACCGAAGACUGUGGAGCUUAGAUAUGCUUCUCGACUUUGAAGGACCACUCGCCUAUUUGGACGACGCAAGUGCACUGUUUGAUGUACGCAAAGCACCAACAGCACUGGGUGGCUUGGAGGGAUUCAAGGGCGCAUCUGGAUACGAAGACCCCUGGCUGAAGCCAGCAUGGAUCACCAAGGAGAUGAUCGCGCGGUAUCGUGCUGGUGGAUUCGCCUGGGAGCGUCAAGUCUGGACACGUGGAAUUCGAGCUGCUUGCGAAGGUAUUGGCGCUGCUCCGCUCACAGUCGAUAUCUCUGAAGAAGCUCUUCCCAGCAUGGAAGUGGACUGA